CAUUUUUACGAUCACAUUAGUGGAUGGCAUUUCUCAACUAAGUGACUAGCAAUAAUAAUGCUUCCAAGAUUCAUUUUCGGUAUUGUGGCUUUAAUCUUUGCCUUUUAUUUGGAAGUGUCUGCAGUAUCUAUCGUCUAUGGACACAUUAAUCCCACCGAUGUUAUUAUUGGCAACGAAUAUGUGCAUAGUAAAGCUGGAAGGGGUGUACAGUCGACCUAUACAAAAUUUGUGAAAUUCCCUAAAGAGGGUCAACAGAAUAAUGUGCCCAUCAGCGGCAUACAAAUCGAGGACUUUGGCCAUCCCAACAAUUUGGGAUUGAACUAUUUGCGAGAAGGAGGGCCCGGCAAGACAUUUGCUACGAUUGAAAUAAUGUCGCAAAAGUCCAAACCUAUAAACAUGCUAAUAAUGUUUUACGGUGAAACAAUUCCCAAACUCAAUAAUACAAAAUUUAAUAGAAUAUUCUGAAUAUGAAUAAAAAAGGAACAUUAGAAUAAAAAUCAAAGUGGAGCCAGGAAAGCAAAAUUA